AGGUCGGCGGGUGGGCAGAGCGCUCGCACAGAGGCGGCACUGUUGGCGCGAGCACGCCCGCGGCUCCUCCGCGCGUCCAAAGGUGGCCCAGGCAGUCGUCCUCCGAGCCGGCAGCGGAAAGCUCGACAAGAGGAGGGAACCGGGAACUCGUACCCCGUCGCGCCUGAGCUUCUCCUUUUUUUUUUUUUUCCGCUUUUUGCUGCCGCUUUGCGAUGUUCAGUUGGGUGAAGCAGGAGCAGGGCGGCCGCAACAAGGAGGGCGAGAUGUACCAAACGGUGACCGAGGGGCUGCAGAGCCUCUACAGCAAGAAGCUGCUGCCGCUCGAGGAGACGUACCUCUUCCACGACUUCCACUCGCCCGCCCUGGAGCCGGCCGACUUCCAGAGCAAGCCCAUGGUGCUGCUGGUGGGCCAGUACUCCACCGGCAAGACCACCUUCAUCAGGUACCUUCUGGAGCAGGACUUUCCGGGCAUGCGCAUCGGACCCGAGCCCACCACGGACGGCUUCAUCGCGGUGAUGUACGGCGACAGCGAGGGGGUGGUCCCCGGCAACGCGCUGGUGGUGGACCCCAAGAAGCCCUUCAGGAAGCUCAACGCCUUUGGAAACUCUUUCCUCAACAGGUUCAUUUGCUCUCAGAUGCCCAAUCAGGUUCUUCAGAGCAUCAGCAUCAUCGACACGCCGGGCAUCCUGUCCGGGGAGAAGCAGCGCAUCAGCAGAGGUUACGACUUUGCCGAGGUUCUGCGCUGGUUCGGCGAGCGGGUGGACAGGAUCAUCCUGCUCUUCGACGCCCACAAACUGGACAUCUCGGACGAGUUCUCCGAGGCCAUCCGAGCCCUCAAAGGACAAGACGACAAGAUCAGGGUGGUCCUCAACAAGGCCGACCAGGUGGACACGCAGCAGCUGAUGCGCGUGUACGGCGCCCUCAUGUGGUCGCUGGGCAAAGUGAUCAACACCCCGGAGGUGGUGCGGGUCUACCUGGGUUCCUUUUGGGCCAAGCCCCUCCAGAACACGGAGAACAGACGUCUCUUUGAGGCCGAGUCCCAGGACCUCUUCAAAGACAUCCAGAGUCUCCCGAGGAACGCGGCGCUCCGGAAACUCAACGAUCUCAUCAAGAGGGCUCGGCUGGCCAAGGUGCACGCGUACAUCAUCAGCUACCUGAAGAAGGAGAUGCCGUCGCUGUUCGGGCGCGAGAAGAAGAAGGAGGAGCUGAUCCUGAGGCUGCCGGAGAUCUACGCGAUCCUGCAGAGGGAGCACCACAUCAGCCCCGGAGACUUUCCCAACGUCACCAAGAUGCAGGACAUGCUGCAGCACUACGACUUCGGCAAGUUCCCGUCGCUGAAGAUGAAGCUGAUCGAGUCGGUGGACAAGAUGCUGGCGUCCAAGAUCGCCGGGCUGAUGACGAUGAUCCGCGAGGAGGAGUCCAAGGCGCCGCCGGCCAUGGUGUCGGGCGGCGCCUUCGAGGGCUCCCAGGACGGCCCCUUCGGCCGCGGCUACGGCGAGGGCAUCAGCGCCGGCGCCGACGCCGGCGACGACUGGAUCGUGAGCCGGGACAAGCACCGCUACGACGAGAUCUUCUACACGCUCAUGCCCGUCAACGGCAAGAUCAGCGGCGUCAACGCCAAGAAGGAGAUGAUGAACUCGCGGCUGCCCAACACCGUGCUGGGCAAGAUCUGGAAGCUGGCCGACUGCGACCAGGACGGCAGCCUGGACGACCAAGAGUUUGCGUUGGCCCAGCACCUCAUCAAGGUCAAACUGGAGGGCUACGAGCUGCCGGCCGAGCUGCCCCGCCACCUGGUGCCGCCCGCCCACCGCAAGCACCCCGACGCCGAGGCCGCGUACGACCGCGCCGAGGACUAGAACGUAUCCUGCAUGCUUUUCUUUGCCACGCGACCCACAA